AUGAUUAUCUAUCAAAAUGGUACUUUAUCAUCAACUUGUGUGACUUGGAGCGAAAACCUAGUAGAUGUAAAAAAAUACACGGAGGGAGGUCAAGAUUUGUACAUCAGACUCUAUGGAGAGAAGAAAAGCAAAAGUCGGCUAAUUAUAGGUCUGAGCCUUGGAUCAACGGCUACUGUCAUCGUCAUAAUAAUUAUGUUACUAGUUUAUAUUUGGAAAAAGAAACAAAAGCUAGCAAGAGCAACUGAAAUGGAUGAAAAUGUUAUAAUGGAAUCGCAAAGUGAAGAAAACAUAUUUGGAGCAGAGGAUAUAGAGACUCCGCAACUUCCACCCAUGGAUUUUGGAACAAUAUUAAGAGCCACCGAAAACUUCUCAGAUGCUAAUGAGAUUGGACAUGGUGGAUUCGGUACUGUAUAUAAGGGACGUUUACCUAGCGGGCAAGAAAUUGCAGUGAAAAAACUAUCUGCUAUCUCAAGACAAGGGAUCGUGGAGUUCAAAACCGAGGUGAUGUUAAUCGCAAACCUCCAGCAUAUCAAUCUAGUUAGACUUGUUGGCUGGAGCGUUCACAAGGAUGAGAGGGUCUUGGUAUAUGAAUACCUAGAAAACGGAAGCCUCCAACAACGACUUUUUGGUGGAGGCCAAAACUCAUGUGAGCUAAACUGGCAGACGAGAUUUAACAUAAUUAAGGGCAUCGCUCAAGGACUUGCGUAUAUGCAACAAGGUUCGCGAGAUAUGAUUAUACACAGGGAUCUUAAGCCAGGAAACAUCUUGCUUGAUAGAGGUAUGGUCCCCAAAAUUUCAGAUUUCGGGUUGGCAAGAAUCUGUAACAGGAGAGAGAGGGAGGCUAACACAACGAAGCCGUCUGGUACUUUUGGUUACAUGUCCCCCGAGUACGCGGAGAGUGGGUCGUAUUCAACAAAGUCAGAUAUCUUUAGCUUCGGUGUGAUGCUCCUUGAGAUCGUCAGUGGGAAGGAGAAUAGAACCUUUUCAUACUCGCUGUGCAACACUAAUCUUCUAAGCUAUAUGUGGACCAAAUGGCAUGACGAGAACUGGGAGGAUACUGUUGAUCAAACCAUACGAGAGUACUCCUCAUCAAUUCAGAAACAACAAGUCCAAAGAUGUCUAGAAGUUGGUCUCUUGUGUGUUCAGCAAGAUGCAGAGGACAGACCUAAUAUGUCGUCGGUGUUAAUGAUGCUUGUUAAUGAUACUGCUGGGAUCCCGAGCCCUAAACUUCCUGGUUUUUAUAAGGCUGAUGGUGGUCACAAUGAUAUUUCCAUAACGUCUGGUUCUUCAUCUACCGCCAUAAAAUACUCCUCCUCCACAUCACACCUCAGUUAUUAA